AUGCGACACACAAGAUAUGGUAGUUAUUGUUUGAGAAAGAACAAGAUUACUAAGCGAGAUGAAUGCCGUUUCAGAUUUUCAAUCGAGCUUUUAGAUGAAUCUAAGCUUGUUGAAGAACCAUCCGAAACAAACAUUUACAGAUUUGUUGGCCGGAGAAAUGAUGAAUUGUUGAACUCUCACAAUCGAGCGGUUCUACAAACAUGGAGAGCAAACAUUGACUGCUCUGCUGUAACAACCAUGGAAUCCGUUAUCCGUUAUAUCGCCAAGUACGCUGCAAAGUGCGAACCAGCAUCAAGGGAUUUCAUUGACACUCUGAGAGGAAUUAUUGAUGAUCCUCUGAGACCUUGUCGUGACUCAAGAUCUGCGAUAAAAAGACUUCUCAUUAAGAAUGUAUCGGAAAGAGAUGUAUCCGCACAAGAGAAUCGAAGUAAUGAUGAUGGAGAGCAGGGGAUAACUGACCCGAAUUUCUUUUCCAGAUAUUUGACUAGACCGGAUAACUAUGAGCAGAUGACGUUGAUUGAAAUGGCAAAGACACGCUAUUAUGCUCAUCGAAAGUUGUGCAAACACCGUGUAGAGGCUGUUGUUAGGAUUUUACCUGUGUUUAGUACGAAAAAUAUCAUGCCAGAUACUGACCACUGGGAAUCAUAUUGCAAACAACAAGUAUUGUUGAAUAGCCGUUACAGGAGUAUUGAAGAAGCCAAAAGAAACUUUGAUACGUGGUCAGAUUGUUAUUCCGAACUCAUCCGUCCCACUGAAAAUCCGUCAGUAGAUCUUGGCAUGGUUGAGGAUGAAUUAGAGGAGGAAAUGCAUCCAGAAGAUGAGCCUAGAGAUGAAUGGAUGGUUGCAGCAGCGAUGGCACCCAAUUCUAGGGUAUUAGAGGAUACUGAUUUAGGUAUGCGGGACAUUGAUCUCAACUAUAAGUGGUCACAAGGGUUACAAGACCACCCUUCUAUUCACGAGAAGAAAGGGUUUAUCAACACGUUAAGAAAAACUGUGCAAGAGACACAUUCUGUUUCUGGUUCGGGUACUUCUCUCAUUGCUCUGUCAAGACAACAACAAGUUGCACAUGAUAUUGUUCUAGAAUCUUUGAGUUCGAAAUCAACUAUUCGGUUGAUUAUCAAUGGAGGGGCUGGCACGGGAAAGUCAACUCAUAUAAAUGUCAUUGUUCACUAA